AUGGCUUGUACUGGUAGUUUAUUUGCGUUUGCGAUUUUGAUAAUGAGUGCAGCUUUAUACUUACCUUUAUCUGCAUCAAUCAAACAAGAAAUCCCAGAUCUUAAUAUUCCCCUCGGAAUCGAAGAGGAUAUCCGCGGCCUCCGUCCAAAGACUUCGCGGGAUAGACACUUACAAGCCUUGAUGAAAAUACAAAAGAAGAAACGAGGUACUGCUUCCCAAAGCAUGCGACCGAUCACAGAACGAGAAAGGAAGUUGCAAUCGAUGAUGAGAGUUCAAAAGAUGGCACGAAUGCUUAGUGAAGCCAGUGAAGCUGCUAAAUCUUCUUCAGGCCCUUCUUUUUCGAACAUUGAACCGCAGCCAAGAAUUCGUGCGAAAACAAAACCGCAAUAUCCUUCUCCUUCAAUGGCUCGCAACUAUCUCGGCCUAAAGACAGAUGAUGGCAAUGAAAUUGCACAGCUAUGUUUUUCGAAAGUGUAUACUGACGCUGCAUCUCAGUCAUUGAAGACAGCACUGGUUCUUUCUAUUCCCAUACAAAAUUAUCAAAAUGCUAUGAGCAGUGACUUUGUGUAUAAGACAUCGCUGUGUGUAAGGGUGAAAUGGGGUGAAUCAUUCUUCUCGGUCCGGAUCGGCGAGGCCAAGUGGGCGAGAGUCUUGGUAAGAGCUAGAUUAUGCACUGAUACCGUGGAUUGGAAAAUAUCAAUUAUGCCAGUUGUACUUUCCUCAGUAAUGAGUUUACCUUCAAGCAAAAAGAAGCCUUCUGCCAUUUCACCUCCUCCAAAAGAUUUCGAUAUCAAUGAAAUGAUCGAUCAUGCGUCGAGUCCUGCAGGAGGAAGUCACACUUCUGGUAGCUAUUCUUCUUCCACGCAAGGUACAAGUCAAACUCAACAAGCCGGUAGCUCUAACAGUAGAUCUUCAAUUACCAGGCAAAGAAUCAGCGAUUAUCGUCAACACAGAAAAGCACAAGAAAUGGGGUAUGAUAGACCUCCUUCGAAAGAUUGGAAUGCAUAUCACUAA